AUGGGGAAGCCCAAGGCCAGGCCUGCAACCAAGCAGGCAGGCACAUGGAAGAAGGCCGCUACUCGGCCAGGAUCCAACUCAACCGGCCGUCCAUCCAGCACAGAGGCGGCAGCCGGUACCACGUCCCGGGGGUCCUUCAGGGCGGCGAGAACAAGCCGCCUCAUCGCAGCAGGACCAGGUCCCAAGGCGGCGCCAAGGGAGUCCGGGACCAAGCCAAUCAAAGGCAGCAUCUCCAGCAUCUGCAUUGCCGCUGCCACGCCCUCCUCCUGCUCAGUCGCCGACAACACCGGAGGCACCUCUCCAGGACGAAUCUGCCGCAGCUGGAAAAGUGGGCCCUGCCCCGCAUCGGGGAGCCUGGCGGAGAAAUCGCCUCCGGAGACAGGGGGGGAGAGGGAUCAGGACCAACAGGCGGAGGAGGAGACGAUGGCAGAGUUGAUGGCGGGGGCGACUGCACUUCUGGAGCCUCCUCUCCCCUCAAGUACCCCAACACCUCCCACGAGACUGGGAUGUUCCUUCCGCCAAGGAAUAGCUGCGGACACUCCUACGGCGCUGGUGACGGUAUGGUCGACGAGGAGAGCUGAGGAACUGGAGACGCUGGGGGACGGGGCGCCGGCGGUUGCGGUGGAAAGGGGAAGCGCUGUGGCGGCGACGGCGUCGGUGGAAGUGGUGGGUGAGGAUGCUGCUGCCGUGGAGGUGCCAACGGAGGCCGUGACGGCAUUGGGAGGGGCGGGCGGAAUUGCCGCUGCUUUUGGCGGCGGCUCGACUUCACCUUCUGCCAACCACCAGGGGGCACAACAGCAGACGUUGGAGUUGGGUCCAGUGGUGGAUCUGGAACUUUCUGGGGCGGCGGCGUUGUCUGCGUCACCGGCGCCGGUGCCGACGGCGGUCUUGGCUGCGGCGAUGACGGCUGAAACCGCGGCAGGGAACCAGGCUGACGCCCCUGUCGAGGGGGGGGUAUCGGUGGCCACUGGGAACGCCGGAACGUCUGCUGCUGCCGAGGACGGAGACACGCAGGAGCGCGUCCAGGCGGCGAGCGGAAGACAGGGUCACGGGACCCGAGACAGACACACUCACCAUGGAUCCCGGCGGGAAGAGCGCCACAGGCCGGACGAGGGGGGCGGAACGACGAGAGCCGACCCGGGGAGGGAGCACCGACCCGUGGGGCCCGUGGCGGAGGACGCGGAGCAAGAGGUGGGAGACGGGGAGGGGGCGCAAUCGUCGGCGGAAGAGAGGCGCUUGUGA